UAGGGUUACGGGGACUGAUGACGUUUCAUCGUCAGCCGGAAGGUUCCGUGGUGGUUGUUGGGGUUCCAGCUGGUCCCACCUGUGUGGGUUCUAGUUGGAAGGGCGGAGGGUCUUGUUCCCCUAUUUGCUUCCGGAAGUCGGGUGCUCGUUGUCCCGUUUCAGUCAAUUCCUCUGACCGAAUCUCUUCCCUGGCGGAGUGGGGCGUUUUCGGAGGCUGUGGCGUUCGUGGCGUUCACUCUGCCGGUCCAGAUAUCAUUUUUUAAGGUUAUAUUAAAUUGUCAAGAUGGUGUUAGCAGAUCUUGGAAGAAAAAUAACCUCAGCACUACGAUCAUUGAGCAAUGCCACCAUUAUCAAUGAAGAGGUUUUAAAUGCUAUGCUCAAAGAAGUCUGCACAGCCUUAUUGGAAGCUGAUGUUAACAUUAAGCUGGUAAAGCAGCUCCGAGAAAAUGUCAAGUCUGCUAUUGAUCUUGAAGAAAUGGCAUCUGGUCUAAACAAAAGAAAAAUGAUUCAGCAUGCUGUAUUUAAGGAACUUGUGAAGCUUGUAGACCCUGGAGUUAAAGCCUGGACACCCACCAAAGGGAAACCGAAUGUUAUUAUGUUUGUUGGGUUGCAGGGUAGUGGUAAAACCACAACAUGUUCCAAGUUAGCCUAUUAUUACCAGAGAAAAGGUUGGAAGACUUGUUUGAUAUGUGCAGACACAUUCAGAGCAGGAGCUUUUGACCAGCUAAAACAGAAUGCUACCAAAGCAAGAAUUCCAUUCUAUGGAAGCUAUACAGAAAUGGACCCUGUGAUCAUUGCCUCUGAAGGUGUGGAAAAAUUCAAAAAUGAGAAUUUUGAAAUUAUUAUUGUUGAUACAAGUGGUCGUCAUAAACAAGAAGAUUCUUUGUUUGAAGAAAUGCUUCAAGUAGCUAAUGCUAUACAACCUGAUAACAUUGUUUAUGUAAUGGAUGCCUCCAUUGGUCAAGCUUGUGAAGCACAAGCUAAAGCUUUCAAAGAUAAAGUAGAUGUAGCCUCUGUUAUUGUGACAAAACUCGAUGGCCAUGCAAAAGGUGGUGGUGCACUUAGUGCAGUUGCUGCCACAAAAAGUCCAAUAAUUUUCAUUGGGACUGGUGAACAUAUAGAUGACUUUGAACCUUUUAAAACACAGCCUUUCAUCAGCAAACUUCUUGGUAUGGGUGAUAUCGAAGGACUAAUAGAUAAAGUCAAUGAAUUGAAGUUGGAUGACAAUGAAGCACUUAUAGAAAAGCUGAAACAUGGUCAGUUUACUUUGAGAGAUAUGUAUGAACAAUUCCAAAACAUCAUGAAAAUGGGCCCAUUCAGUCAAAUAUUGGGUAUGAUUCCUGGUUUUGGCACAGAUUUUAUGAGCAAAGGCAAUGAACAAGAGUCAAUGGCAAGGCUAAAAAAACUAAUGACAAUAAUGGACAGUAUGAAUGAUCAAGAACUUGACAGUACUGAUGGUGCAAAGGUUUUCAGUAAGCAACCAGGAAGAAUCCAAAGAGUAGCAAGAGGAUCAGGUGUUUCAACAAGAGAUGUUCAGGAGCUUUUGACACAAUAUACUAAGUUUGCCCAGAUGGUGAAAAAAAUGGGUGGUAUCAAAGGACUUUUCAAAGGAGGUGACAUGUCAAAAAAUGUAAGCCAGUCCCAGAUGGCGAAAUUGAACCAACAAAUGGCUAAAAUGAUGGAUCCCAGAGUUCUUCAUCAUAUGGGAGGUAUGGCAGGACUGCAGUCAAUGAUGAGGCAGUUUCAACAAGGAGCUGCUGGAAAUAUGAAAGGCAUGAUGGGAUUCAAUAAUAUGUAAAGAAGAUUCCUUAAUAUAAGCUCAGUUGGUGACAAGUAAUCCAAUAUAUGUUAAAUGUAUUUUUAAGAAGAGAAUGCAUGUACUGAGGAUCAACAAUAAGUUGAAAGGAACUAGUUCAAGAAAAUGCAUUUAAGGUGUGUCCUUUCUUAUAUGCAUUUCUGUGAAGUUUUUAUAUAACUUAUGGGCCUUGUUUUUCAUAAUUUUUGUAAAAUGACAGAGUUGAACUGGAUAGACAAGUGUUCCUCAUCUGAGUUACCCAUCCCUCCAUGGGGUAUAUGAAAAUUAUCAAGGAGAGAGAGGUAUGGGCAAGAAACCAAACCUGUGAUUUCCUUGGCAAAAGUAUUCCUAGAUAAGAAAAUUUGCCCAUGUUGGUACAUUCUCUGCAAAUUAUAGUCUGAAGAGAGUUUGUCAUAUGCCUGAGAUCACAUAACACUAUGUUAGAGAUGGGAUUUCAAUAAAACUAUAUUAUUGUAUUGUAAUAUUCCAAAUGUAGUAUUGUUAGUGAAGAAAAAUUUAUAGAUUGAAGAAAGUACAGUAAAUGGGUGAACUGAUAAAGGAAGCCUUACAUUAUCUCUGAAAAAUUUGAAAAGAGACAAUUGUAGCAAUGAGUAUAAUUCUGACAAACUAAAUGAAUGAGUUUUGGGAUUUGAAUUCCUUUUUGUAUUAAGAACAAUAAUCCAAUAAGAGAAUAACUGAACCCCAAAUUAAUUUUCAUUUAGUGAAACUGCAACAUUUUUGGACAAGUAUAUCCCAUUCUUCCUAAACCAUUAAUAUCUGUGAAGUAGAAUUCUCAGCCCCAUACUCACUAAGUUCUUUUUUUUUUUU